AUGUGUGAUCUGUUAAGAUUAUUAAUUGGUACGCUAAUGGUGCAGACAGAACCGAUUGAGGAAGAGAAGCCAAAAUGUGGUUGUAAAGGGAUUCGCUUUUGUGCAGUAUGUAAAGAUACGCUGAGAGUGACAAAUUUGACGCAAAGUAGAGAAUAUCCGUAUGCAAAAUAUAAGAAAUAUGUUUAUUCUACGCGUUACCAUAUGGGAAUACACGAUAGUUCACUAUCUGACCGUCCAACAUUAGCUGAUAUACAUGAUUCGGCUAACAGAAUAAACAAAGAUGAAAACAAAUCUGAGGAUUAUUUGAUUGUUACUGGUUUGAAUGUUGUUAUCAAUUUUCUUACCGAAACUGAGGAGAUGAACCUCGUUGAGGUAAUUGAUAAGACCGAUUGGGCGCUUUCACAAUCUGGACGUCGAAAACAGGAUUACGGUCCACGUGUCAACUUCAAACAUAAGAAAAUAAAAAUGGAUCGUUUUGUUGGGAUGCCGAGUUACAUAGAUUUAAUACUAAAUAGAAUGAAUUCUAUUUCCUCUGAUUUAUUUGGUUCCUAUCAGCCAUUUGAAUUAUGUAAUUUGGAAUAUAGGGACGAUAGAUGGUCAACCAUUGAAAUGCAUUACGAUGAUACAUGGAUUUGGGGGGAACGCCUGAUUUGCGUUAAUCUCUUGAAUAAAUCGGUAUUGACAUAUUCAAAUGACGAGAAACAAUUUAUUAUCUAUGUUCCAUUAUCGAGAAGGACAAUGGUAUGUAUGUCUGAUGAGAUUCGUUAUUCAUGGAAGCAUGCCGUCUUUCCAGAGCAUAUUCAUGGUCGAAGAAUAGCCUUAACUAUGAGAGAACCAAGUGCAGCUUUUAAGGAAGGUGGUGAACUAUAUGAAAAAUUCGGUCGAGAACUCAUGCGUUUGGGAAAUGUUCGAAUAUGA